CUCUCUUUUUCUCCGUUCUUUCUGCAAUUUGACUCUCUCUCUCUCUCUCUCUCUCUCUGCAAAGACGCGUUUUUGAGUGGUGCGGUGUGGUGCGAGCUCUCUCUCUCCAUCUGGGUCGCGCUCUCUCUCUCUGGUGUGGAUUCGCUUCGCGGCAGCGGACUUCUCGAGGAUUCGAGCUUCGAUUUUCUGUUUCCAUCAUCGAACACAGCGAAGGAGGAAGAGAGAGAAAUUAGGGUUUCAGCGAAGAUGAUAGAGGUGGUGCUGAACGACCGGCUGGGGAAGAAGGUGAGGGUGAAGUGCAACGAGGACGACACCAUCGGCGACCUCAAGAAGCUGGUGGCCGCCCAGACCGGCACCCGCGCCGACAAGAUCCGAAUCCAGAAGUGGUACAACAUCUACAAGGACCACAUCACCCUCAAGGACUACGAGAUCCACGACGGCAUGGGCCUCGAGCUCUACUACAACUGAUUUCCCUUCCCCUUUCAUCAUCCUCCCCGUGUCCCUCUCUCCUACGGUCAAUAACUCACAUGGAAAUCCUUGGAACUAGGGGACCAGGGAUGUCUAAAAGCUGUAAUCCGGUUCCGUCUACUACAUUUGCAUGGACAGUAUAUCUUUACUGCCAUUGACUUUUCCACUUCUGUGACUGUGAAUGUGUGAAGUUGGGAGCAAACUCCUGUUAUUGGAAAGUUGAGAACCUAAUGGUGCUGCAGUGCAUAUAAAAAAAUUGUUCAACUACUACAUUCCAAGGCA